AUGGACGAAGAAGGCGAUAGAGACUUCUCCAAGUCCAUAGUCUUUGGCUUCUUUGACCAAGCCAAGGAGACAUUUGAUCAGAUGGAGAAGGAGAUCCAAAACAAGGACCUAGAAAAGCUCUCAUCACUUGGGCACUUCCUCAAGGGCUCUUCCGCCACCCUCGGCUUCAACAAAGUGCGCGACGAAUGCGAGAAGAUUCAACACUAUGGCCACAACAAAGACGCCACAGGCGAGACAGACAUUAAAGACAAUGAGGCCUGCUUGCGGCUGAUCAACGAGAGUGUGGCAGAAGCUACAAAGCAGCACGCUACCGUUAAGAAGCUCAUGGACUCCUUCUACGCCGAAUCGUAA